UGACUAAGACCAACUUGUCGAACACCGGAAGACAUCGGCCUUACGUUAAUAGGACACAUGACAGUUAUUCUUGUUAUAAUAUAUUUGGUACUUUUUUUUUCUUUUUGCCCUUUACUGCUUUCGUAUUUGCGGAUUGUAAUUCCUUCAAGAAAACGCGGCUGUUUUAUUCUAUACUCAAACCCAUAUAAGAACGCCCUCAUCACCACUUGUUUUCUAAUUGUUUUGUGUAAACCCUAAGUAGAAUUUGCCUAAAACUCUUCUUGAAGUCGAAAUAUACUCGAUAAACUGAAACGGGUAUUCCCUUUUCUUGCCCAUUUGCCUUGAAUCCCAGACUCGUUCAAGUUUUGCAUAUUCCUCUCCAGUCCUGUAUUCUUGUCCCAGAAUUUCAAGAAAAUUGAGGGUGUAUAUACAUAUAUAUAUAUAUAGUUAAAUAGUCGCGCAUUGUUGGUGGGGAGGAGAUGGCGGGGAAGGGAAGAAGCGUGGUUCAAGAAAAGGAUAUGAAUGAAUAUGGAGAUGGGGUUGCAUGGAUUAGGGGUUCAAUGAUAGGGAAAGGGGGUUUUGGGUGUGUUUAUCUUGCAACUCUGAGGAAUCCCAGAUCAAAAUACAGCUGCUUGCCGCCUGUGAUGGCUGUGAAAUCAGCGGAGGUUUCUGUGUCGGGUUCAAUUCAGAAGGAGAGGGAGGUUUUGAGCAAUUUGAAAGGGUGUUGUAAUAUAAUUAGGUGUUUUGGUGAGGAGACAACUGUGGGUGACAAUGGUGUGAUGGUGUAUAAUUUGUUGUUGGAAUAUGGUUCUGGCGGGACUUUGGCGGAUAGGAUCAAGAAAUCGGGGGGCGACGGCUUGCCGGAAUUUGAGGUUAGGGUGUAUGCUAAGUCUAUUCUUCGAGGUUUGAAUUAUAUUCAUGGCAAUGGUUAUGUUCAUUGUGAUCUGAAGCCUGACAAUAUUUUGCUCGUUCGGAAUGCUGCAAGAGAGGGCAGUGGUGAGUUCAGGGCGAAAAUUGGCGAUUUUGGAUUGGCGAAGAGGGCUAAACAGUCCAAGAAGAGGAAAUUGGAGGCCUAUUGGAGGGGUACUCCGAUGUACUUGUCACCCGAGGCUGUGAUUGAUAAUGUGCAGGACGCACCGUGUGAUGUUUGGGCGCUCGGGUGUAUCGUGCUUGAGAUGUUAACGGGGAAGCCUCCAUGGGAUGGGAACAAAGAGCUGAAAGCUGAGGAGGUUCUGAGCAAGAUUGGAGCAGGGCAUGAGUUGCCGAAAAUCCCAAAUGGGAUAUCAAAGGAGGCAAGGGAUUUCUUGAAGGGUUGUUUCGUGAGGAAGUCCAUGUAUAGAUUGACUUCUGAAAUGCUGCUGAAUCAUCCGUUCGUUGAAGGCUUGGAUGACGAUGAUGCAGUUGCUGAAAUGGAGGAUGUUGAAGACUUGAACAAGAUAGAAUCCAUCGCGUCGGUAUCUGACAGUGAUGACGAGUUAAGUUGUGGCUUGCUUCCGGGCGAGUGGGGCGAUGCGUCUGAGGAUGAUUCAUUUUAUUACUGGUCUGAUGAGGAUGUGGAUGACGAGGAAGAUGAAAUUGUAUCCAUUUCAGCUGAAGGAGAAGAAGAGUCUGAAGGUGACGAAAUUAAAGAUGUCAUGGGCUCAAGCAGUGCUGAUGCCGGUCUCGAUCAGUCAAAUGAGAUGUCAAAACAGAUUUCUUCACAGAGCUUGCCAAAAAGACAACAACAUUAUCCUUUUAGUUUAACCAUUCCUGCAGGAAUCUAGGAAUUGGUUCUAGGUUAUGGAGUCAAUUUGGGUAGUGAGAAAUAGAGUUGAUUCUCCUUACCUGUAGGUAGUUCAGUAGAUUAUUUACGGGCAAGAAACCGACCAAAAAUUUUGAUAAUAGAUUGAUUCUUUUUCUGUAAAUUGCUGUAGAUUUUCCUGCUAUUGAAGGAUUCUAAAGUUCAUGAAAAUGUUCUUAUGUGAUCAUACAUCCGCGCUACGCUUAAGCAUCAUUUGC